CGCUCCUCCAGCAACAGCAAGCACAAACCCCCCUGCUCGUGAUCCACCAUCGCUGAAGCCUGUUGCCGCUCCUAGAGGAACAGUGACAGCGAAACCCCUAGCGCGCAAGCCAACAGUGGGAAUGUCCCUUGCGACGUUUGUGAGACCAGCAAUUGCCGCUCCCCGCACUCAUGUUCCUCUGUCAGUGGCUCUGGCACAAGCUAAAUCAUAUCCCCUCCCUGGCGGUCCAUUGUCGCCAGAUUCGAUUGCUAGACUAAAGGCGUACGCGAAUCGCAAACCUAGUCCUCGUGAUCCACUGGUGGCAGAGACCCUUGGGACUCUUGCAGCAGUAGCGAAAGCGACUCCCCCCACUCGUGAUCCACUGUCGCUGGGGUCUGUUGCCGCUCCUAAAGCAGAAGCGAAAGCGAAAUCCCCCCCUCCUCGUCCGUUGUCAAGAAAGUCGAUUGCAACUCUGAAAGCAAAGACGCUCGGGAACAUCUACUAUGACCUCAACCGUGUUGGCAAGGUGCGCAUUAACGUGCGGGAGGGCAGAAAAAUCACCACCGACCGCACUCGCUACUGGCAUGAGUGCAAGAAGGCAACGAACUUCAUCAGUAAGAUGGUAAAUCUGGUCGCAGGGCUGGAUGAUUCGUACCAUUCCGCCGAAGGCUUAGCGCUCUCGGACGAGGUUGAUGAUCUGCUGCAGCGCAUCGGUUGGGAAGGGUUCGCGAUCGCUGCCUACUCGGAAGCCUUUCGGCGCCUCCUCUCCCUAGACCAAGAGGUCGACACCCAGCUGCGGCAAGAGGUACUUGAGACCCUCACGGCCAACAAGAACAGUCUGGAGCUCUACGGCCGCGUGCGCAACAUCGACUGGCGUGGCCUGCUGCUCCCGUACUCCAACGACAACAUCCGCUACAUGGGCCCGGCGCUGAAGCUUGUCAAGAAGUUCUGGGACCGCCAUCCGCACGAGCUUGCGACCCCUCUCGACGGCGGAGACCAUGUCGUAACCCCGAGUUACGAUAAUCAUCGUCAGCCCAAUGUCACCAAGAACAUCUGGGACCCCGCAGACUGGAAGGACCACGUCGACCCGAAGGACAACCCCGAAAUUAAUGUCACCAUGCGCUGGGCACAUGUAUAUGAUUUGGGAUGUUGCGACUUCUGCGAAUCCCCGCAUGUCUGCCGGUGCGAGGUGCAGUCGAUGCCCGGGGAGCUCGUGGAGCUCGUCAAGACGGCGGACCGGGGCAUCGGGGUGCGCGCGCUGUGGCCCUUCCGCAAAGGGGACAUCCUGGGCGAGUACAUCGGGCGGCUCAUCCCGGACGGCAGCAGGUCGGAUCAGACCUAUGCUCUGGGGUGGGAGGCGCUGAGUGACCCUCGUACCCGAGGCAUAGUGUCCGUAGACGCAUACUACCAGGGCAACUGGGCCCGGUUCGUCAAUCAUGUUUGCGAAAACGCGUCAGUCGAAUACCGCUGCCGAACCUUUGGGGACCGCGCUGCCAUGACGCUCGAGGCCACGCGGGAUAUCGCCAUGUAUGAAGAGCUUACAGUCAACUAUGGGCCUAAGUACUGGAAAACGAGGCAAUGCCGCUGCGGGUCGUCCAACUGUUAUUCCGCAAGGCAGGCGGAAGCACCACCGAAGAAGGGGACAGCAAAAAAAACUGGGAUGAGAGUUCCUCUCAGGGAAAUCAAAGCAGGUGAAGAAGAACAGGAAGCUGUGACGGGAAAGGACGUUGCGGAAGAGUCACAAGCCCUACAAGGAAACGCCGGUGACGAUAGUGAGAACAUGGUGGAAGGCGGAGAAGGUGAAGAGGUGCUGUGUCCAGAUCCAUCAUCCAACGUGGUCAUAUACCAAGGUCCGCCAAAGAACAAUGGUGGAGAUGGUGAGCACCCAGAGAAGGAUGACCACAAGGACAAGAACUAUGUUCCCGAAGACGAUAGUGAUGGGGACGAUGAUGAUCCAGGACCGACGGUGGUGGAAGCAGCGGAAGUGAUGGAUCUGAGUGGUUGAGGGAGAAACUGAGACUGAGUCAAUGAUGAAGCUGUUGAAUAGAGCGUAUACUGUAUACUGUACUGUUGUAUAAGUUAGCUAGAAUCAUAAGA